GGUGGGGGAGAAAAGGAGGCCUGGGCAGCCCAGCCCCACUGUGGGCUCAGGGCUGUGAGCACCAUGGCCUGGACUCCUCUGCUCCUCGCGCUCCUCUCUCACUGCACAGGGUCCCUCUCCCAGCCUGUGCUGACUCAGCCGCCCUCCCUCUCUGCAUCUCCGGGAGCCACAGCCAGACUCACCUGCACCCUGAGCAGUGGCUUCAAUGUUGGCAGCUACUGGAUAUCCUGGUACCAGCAGAAGCCUGGGAGCCGUCCCCGGUACCUACUGGCCUACUACUCAGACUCAAAUAAGGAUCAGGGCUCUGGGGUCCCCAGCCGCUUUUCUGGAUCCAAAGAUGCCUCGACCAAUGCGGGGCUCCUGACCAUCUCGGGGCUGCAGCCUGAGGAAGAGGCUGACUAUUACUGUGCUGCAUAUCAUAGCGGUGCUCACAGUGAUUCAGAUGACGAGGAAGUGAGACCAAAACCCCUGGCACAGAGGUGA